UUUAUUUUACACACACGAUACCUUAUUAAUUACUUCAACAACAAAGAGAAAGGACAAUAAACAGAAAAAAUAAAGAAAAUGGCGAAGACAAAGCUUUUGUUGUUGGUGCUGUGUCUUGUGGUGAAUGUGGUUAUGUGUAGGUCUUGGGUUGAGGAUGUUGCUGAAGAAGAGACCAAUGCCAAAGAUGAGGAUGUCAAACAGUUUGCUGCAGAAAUCUUCCAAAGUUUGGGGUUGGAAAAUAAUGAUGCCACUCAAAACAUGAGGCAUAAAGCUGAAGAAGAGACCAAUGCCAUUGAUGAUGUUGCCAAACAGUUUGCCGCAGAAAUUUCCCAAAGUUUGGGGUUAGAAAAUGAUGAUUGCACCCAAAACAUGAAGUAUAAAGCUGAAGAUGCUGCUUCAAGGGCCACAGACACAAUGAAAUCUGCAGCAUCCGGAGCUUCUGAGUAUGCUUCGCAGAAGGCUAGAGAUACCAAGGAAGCAAUUUCAGGAGCCAUUUCAUACGGAAGGGAAAAAACAUCGGAGUCUUAUAAUCGAAUUGGAGGUGAUGAAAACAUCAGAAUGCCAACAGAAAAAGUGACUGAAACCUAUGAGGAUGCUAAGCAAAAACUAAACAUAGCUUCAGAUAAGGCUUCAAAUAUGGCUCAAAAUGUCAAAGAUAACAUGGAUGAUGGCAUGGGAUAUGGAAGAAAAGGAGCAGCCAAUGUUUAUGACCAAGGGAAUCAGAAAUUAAACAUGGAUUCUGAUAUGGCAUCAGAAAAAUUCCAUGAUGCAAAGGAGAAAGCAAGCAAUGUUCACGAUGAAGCUAAGGAGAGAAUCAAGGUGGCUUCACAUAAAAUGUAUGAUGAAGCAAGGAAUGGAAUGAAUGUGGUUGGAGAUAAGGGCAAUGAUGCCAAAGAUAAAAUGGGAUGUGGAGGAGACAAAGUGGAAGAAACUUUUGACCAAGCUAAACAUGAAGUGGGUGAAGCUUACAUGUCGGCAAGGGAUUCAACGAGUGAAGAGGCCAAGGCUAAAUACCAGGCUGCAAAGGAGAAGGCUUCAGAAGCCACAGGAAAUCUUGGAGCUAAGAUGAGGAAUACCCCAUAACCGUAAGAACCUCACUAGUAUAUAUAAUUUUCCUAUAGGUAUUAGCUCUUUAGGUUUUUUUUUUUUUUAAUGAACGACAAAGGUUAGUAUUAGUUGUUAGUAGCGCUAUUGAGGAAAUAAAAUUCAGAACACAUAGUUAGUGUUUUUAUUGACGAUAAGUUUGGUGAAACCAUGGUGACACAAAAUUUUGUAUUUCAUGAGACUCACCAUGAAUCCAAACAUGUUUAAAUCCAUGUUAUGACUGCACUUGUUUUAGAUAGAUAUAACAUGUCCCAUUUAAUGUCAUAGGGAUUUUGCAUUAUCCCAAACCUAUGCAUGCAUAACAUUUUGUAGUUAUAUAUUGUAAAAUGAAUUAGUUGAGCUGUUGAUACCCUUUCUUAACA